UUCAUUUUUUGUUUAUAUCGCGAUCGACUGAAAAUUUUGAAAUUAUUCUUUAAACAAGUCUGGAAAAGCCAAACCCUCUUAUCUCUGCUAUUUAAAAACAACACACCGCAAGAAUGGACCGCAGUAGACGGCUUUCGAGUGAUAGCUCUGUUGGUCCGAUUGCUGCCAUUAACUUUGCCACCGAUAAAUUUCCGUGCUGUAUCGUGUGGACACCAAUUCCUGUAUUGACAUGGUUCUUUCCAUUCAUCGGCCAUAUGGGCAUCGCUAUGUCCAGCGGUGUAAUCCGCGAUUUUGCAGGACCAUACUUCGUGUCGGAGGACAACAUGGCCUUUGGACGGCCAACGCGAUAUCUCCAGCUCGAUCCAGGACUUCUAGCCGGCGGCGUAGUGGAAUGGGAUGAGUGUGUUUCCAAGGCUUCCGUAGUUUAUGGUACCCGAAUGCACAAUCUAGUUUUGGACAAUUGUCACUCACACGUAGCAAUGGCAUUAUCACUUAUGAAAUACAAUGAUUAUGCCAGGUGGAAUAUGAUCGUCCUUGCUCUUUGGAUGUUCGUCAAAGGCAAACACGUUAGCUUUAAGGGAGCCCUCAAAACGUGGACACCCUUUGUAGUGGUUUUCAUUACAUGUUUACUAGUUGCAGUCUAUUUGUGAUAAGUCUAGACAAAACGCUGCAUUACGAAUGAAAAUUCAACAGCUUUAGAAACGUGAAACACAGCUAUAUUAUUAUUGUACGGUAUUUAUAAAUAAUUUAUGUCACAAAUCACAUCUAAUA